GGAUUUUUUCCAAAGUUGAAGAGUUAAAGAUUUAACAGAUUAAUCAGAUUGAAAAUGGAUAAGGAUAACAAAAGUGGACCACCUCCAGAUUAUUACCAAGCGUCAGGAAUGAAUAAUAUGAAUCAACCACAGAACCCUGUAUAUCCUCCUCAAAACCCAAACUUCUACCAACCGCAACCAGGCCAAGUACCUUACUAUAAUCCAAAUCAAACUACCAUUCUUAUGACACAACAACCAGGGAUUAUGACAGGUGCGAUUUAUGUAGGACCACCUCCAGAUAAUCACAGUGCACUUGCAUGGUUAACUUGUUUGUUUUGCUGUUGGCCACUGGGCAUUGUUUCGAUAAUAAAGUCCAUGGAGGUCAACACUGCUAUUGGGCUAGGAGAUACAAUGAGGGCUCGAAUAGCUUCUGAAUCUGCAAGAAAAUUUGGCUAUGCUUCUUUGGGUUGUGGGAUUUUUCUCCAUGCUAUAUGGAUAAUCAUUUUAAUUAUCUAUCUAGCUGUAAUAAUUCCUUCUAUCAGAAGUUAUAGUAAUAAUUGGAAUAACAUGGGUUAACUUGUUGGUGUGGUAACUUUCUGAGAAAACUUUAAAAUUUAAAACCUUUUUUAAAACCAAAUCUUUCUGUGUUUACAUUAAAUUUACUAUACAUUUUAUUUUAAUAGUUUUGUAACGUUUUGAAGAAUUAAAAGUAACCAAUUCUAUGAAAAUAAUCUGUGAAAUUUUAUUACGUUAUAAACAAUUAAAAGUAACUGAAUCUAUGAAAAUAUUGAAACCGAAAUAAAAAAUUUUUCAAAGCAAUUAUCAGCUUUUAUAUUUACUGCUAAUUAUUUUAAUUGUUUUACUUUUGAAUGUUUGAAAUAUUAUACGGAAGGAAACUAUUUUAAUUAUAUAAUGUAAAGUAAUAUAUUACAUAUGGUGAUUUUAAAUGUAUUAUAUAUAAAUAUGUGAUAUUAGUUGAUUUUGAAUUUAAAUUAUUUGAACCUAAGAUAGAUUUUAAAUAAUGUUUAAUAUAAUAAUUUUAUUUUUUUGUAAUUUUGAUAUAUGCUUUAAAAAUGCUGUUGGUUGUAAUGUUGUCAUUAACGUAAUUUCAAUGUGAGUUUUUAUCAGAAUUAAUAAGAAAUUAUUAAAAUUUUUAUGAAAGCUGAUAUUGUGCGACAAUAUGCAAUAUUUCACGUCUACGAGAAGAAUAUGUAACAUUAGAUGUCUAAACCUUUAACUUAGUGGAAA